AUGGAGACACGUUCUUGUGGUGGGCGAGUUCCCCGUCGUCGUGGUGGAGGUCGUCUUACGGGAGUCAGGAGCCAGGCCCCUGUAGGACAACCUGAGUUGGAAGGAGAAGCUUCUUCAGAUGAAGCCUCGGUGGCGGUACGAUCUCAUGCUACCACGGUUCCAGAUGUCCCGGCACGGCCAGAUGCGGCUGUUGGAUCGGGACUGGAUCUUAAAGCUAAGCUUCCCACCCCGGAAGCGGAGGCUUUGGGAGAUCAGCAGGCCGACACACCUGUGCGAGCACCGGACAAUGUGGUAGGAGCCUCAUCUGCGGAGCUCAGGCAGGUGUUGGACACUAUCCAGGCGGUUCAACGUCAAAAUGAGCAUUUACAGGCUCAGGUGGAGUACCUUAAUCAAAUGCGUGACUUAAGGCGUGAGCAACGUGUGGACGCUGAGGAUGUGGUGGAUUUUCAGCCCUUUGCGCCCAUAGUCGCCGCAGUUGAGAUUCCAGAGCAUCUGCAAACUCUAACUUUGGACAUGUAUGAGGGGGAUACCGACCCAAUUGAUCAUUUGCGGUAUUUUAAUACUAAAAUGAUCAUUGGAGGGGCGACCGAUGCUGUGAAGUGCAGAUUGUUGCCUUCAACGUUUAAGGGCGUGGCCAUGACUUGGUUUAUUAAGCAACCUCCAUAUUCCAUCUCCAACUUCACUGAUUUGUCAACUAAGUUUCUAACACAAUUCUCAGCCAAUCAAGCACAAAAGGCGACCCCAGCUGAUUUGUUCAAUAUUCGACAGCAUUCGGGCGAGCGUAUCAAAACUUACAUGUCCCGAUUUAGUAGAGUGUCAGUGCAAUUAGAGGACGCCAGUCCGGAUGUGUGUGUGGCGGCCUUUAAAAAUGGACUCAGAUGCGGCUCAUUGAACAAAGAUUUAACUAGGCGGCCUGCCAAGGAUAUGAUGGAUUUGCAGGCACGGGUACAAGAGUUUAUCUUGGUUGAACAGGAUGAGCAAACUAAAAAAGAUAGGGACGACUGGCGAGCUCAACCAGAUGUCUCAUCUGAAAAGGGCCGCGCUCCUAAAGAUCAGCGACCCGCUCAGACACCGCGCCAGCCAAGGCCAGCGCCGUAUCCAGCAGGGCGACAGGGGCCACAGAGUAACACUUGGCAUCGGAACAGUCAACCCGCCAUAUCCCAAGGGGGACAUGCUCCCGCCCAGGGUCAUCAAACCAAAUUAAACACUCCUCUCAGCACAAUACUGCGAGUGGUAGGGCAAACUAAUGUGGUUCAGUACCCAAGGCCACCUAGGCGUCCCCCUGCAAACGUAGACACAACAAAGUGGUGUGAAAUCCAUAAAGCCAUGGGACACAAUACAGAUAAUUGCUGGACUUUGCGCAAGGAAAUUGAACGACUGAUCAAGGCGGGGCAUUUGUCCAAUUUUAUCUCAGGAGACAAUACACAGCUUGAUGCAGUCAAGAACAAGGGCGGUGAUUCCGCAAAGGGAAAGGAGGUCGUUGAGGAGUUAGGGGUACCUGCCGGGUCUUGCUUGUCAAUCGCAGGGGGAUUUGGCGGCGGGCGCAUAUCUAGCAAGGGAAGGAAAAGAUUUGUGGAGGCAGUAAACUCGGCUCACCACGCCUAUGAGGGGGAAUGUUGGCUGAACCAUACUCCAAUUACUUUUUCACCAAAAGAUUUUGAUCAUGUGAUACCGCAUGACAACUAUCUCAUAGUGGUGACUCUGCGCGUAAACAACUAUGUUACCAAGAAAGUUUUUCUCGACCAAGGCAGUUCUGCUGACAUCAUAUAUGGCGAUGCAUUUGAAAGAUUGGGUUUAAAGGAGUCGGAUUUAAAACCAUAUAUGGGGUGUCUGGUUGGAUUCACCAGCGACCGGGCCAAGGUACGAGGUUACGUGGAGUUGGACACUACUUUUGGUGAGGGUGAAUACGUGAAGAAAUUUCAAGUAAAGUAUUGGUUCUCCCAUGUAAGGCGACGUAUAAUGUGCUUCUAG